AUGGCCGAGGCCACCCUUCACAAUGCCCCCAUCGUCAUCGAUAAUGGCAGUGGGACGAUCCGCGCCGGAUUCGCAGGAGAAGAAAUUCCCUCAUGUUACUUCCCAUCGUUUGUUGGUCGGCCCAAACACCCUCGGGUCAUGGCCGGCGGUCUGGAAGGUGACGUCUUCAUCGGCCAACGAGCUCAGGAAUUGCGCGGACUGCUGAAGAUCAGAUACCCCCUGGAACAUGGAAUCGUGACUGACUGGGAUGACAUGGAGAAGAUCUGGCACUACGUCUACGAGAACGAGUUGAAAACGCUGCCCGAAGAGCACCCCGUGCUCCUGACUGAACCGCCGCUCAAUCCCCGCAGGAACCGCGACACAGCGGCCCAGAUCAUGUUCGAAACCUUCAACGUUCCCGCCCUGUACACGUCCAUCCAGGCAGUGCUGUCGUUAUACGCGUCCGGCCGAACGACCGGGGUGGUUCUGGAUUCAGGGGAUGGGGUGUCUCAUGCGGUCCCGGUGUUUGAAGGGUUCGCCAUCCCCAAUAGCAUCCGGAGGAUCGACGUGGCGGGACGAGAUGUCACGGAGCAGCUGCAGUUGCUGCUGCGGAAGAAUGGUCAUGUGUUGCACACGAGUGCCGAGAAGGAGGUGGUGCGCAUGAUCAAGGAGAAGGUCUGCUAUGUCUCGUUGGACCCGAAGCGGGAAGAGAAGGACUGGACGAACAGCUACCACAAAACGGAUAAUAAACAGGUGGACUACGCAUUGCCGGAUGGCCAUAAGAUCAAGAUUGGUCAAGAACGUUAUCGUGCUCCAGAAAUCCUCUUCGACCCGGAAUUGAUCGGCCUCGAAUAUCCCGGCGUUCACCAAAUCGUCCAGGACGCCAUCACGCGGACGGACCUGGAUCUACGCAAGUCCUUAUACCUCAACAUUGUUCUCUCGGGAGGAUCGACCCUGUGCAAGAAUUUCCCGGACCGACUGAUGCGCGAGAUCAAGCGAUUGGCCGUGGAAGACAUGAAGAUCCGAAUCUCUGCCCCCGCUGAGCGAAAGUACACCACCUGGAUCGGCGGAGGCAUUCUCGCCGGACUGAGCACAUUUCGCAAGAUGUGGGUUAGCGCAGACGAAUGGCACGAAGAUCCCGAAAUUAUCCACCGGAAAUUCGCCUAA